AUGACGAACGCUCGGCGCUUGGACCGUGACGUGAUUACGUUCGGAGACUUCUCUAUCGAGGAGACGCAAAGGGUCUUAAGAGACGUGGAAAAGACUUUGCAGGCUGUCGAAAUAGUUACGGAAAAAGUGGCUCCCAAGUCAUGGGCUGAAGCAGUUGGCAUUGACAAGACUCAGCCGUUACUGGAAGGGAGUGGACGGGCGACGUCGUGGCCUAUUGCAGCUGCUGGUGAUGGAAAAAACGCAGCAGCUGCAAGGAUAGUGAGGGAUCCAACGAAGCCGGUUAUAUUUGAGGACGUGAUUCAGGAGGCACUUUGUUGUUUGGACGUGUCGGCACCAGCUAAAGAGAUGAAAAAGAGAGGGCUGGUGAAUCAAGGCAACACGUGCUUUCAGAAUGUUAUCAUGCAGUCUGUGCUGGCUUGUCCGCCGUUUUUGAAUUUGUUGGUCGAGAUUUCGACUGCUUGUCCACCAACGACUUCAAUGUUGGCGAGUACAUCGACGUUCAAGGCGUGGCGACACAUGGUGGCGUUUGCGCGCGAGUUUGAAGAACCAACGUUAGCUCAAUUGCAGGCUCAAGUCAGUCACGGUGACCGAAAGGCCAACGAUAUGCAUGGCAAAGCACCACAGGCGAUUCGAAUUAGCGGAUACUUUAUGGACGUGCUGAGCGCCUUUCAGAAAAUGCGCGGAGAGCAGGAAGAUGCACUGGAGUUUUUGGAGUUUUUCUUGGAGUAUUUGCACGCAGAGUACGAAAAGAGUGGUCUACGUUUGCCUGCCUCGUGUGAAAAACAGACGAAGCGAGCUCCUGUGAUCGAGCAGAAUGAAGCUAGUGUGGACGCGGACGCUAAGAGUGCUCAAGCGUUUGACGAUGGCUGGGCAGAGGUUGGUAAAAAGGGCAAGAGCAGCGUGCUACGCCAAAAUCCCGUCAACGCCAUUCGUUCGCCAAUAAAUUGGUUGUUCAAGGGUGCACUACGCUCCGAACUCAAGCAGCAUGGCAAGAGACAGAGUUCAAUCACUGUAGAGCCAUUCCACUGCUUACACUUGAACCUGGACUACGAAGCACAGGACCUCUCGUUUGUAACAGGCGAGAAUGGCACGACUAAUUCAUCCGACGCGUCAAUUACUGUGGAAGAGAUGAUUCGGAAAUCAUUUGAUGUAGAGGUGAUUGAGGAUGCCAACCAAGUUCCUACCAUGAAGAAGUACACAACCGUGGAAUCCCUGCCUGUUGUUCUGACACUGAGUGUCAAGCGUUUCACGUAUCAUCCGGACCAGGGACCAGUGAAGCUACAGCAAUUUGUCAAGUAUCCGCAUUUUCUGGAGUUCCCAACGCAGCUACUGUCAGCUGCUUGUCGUGCGGAGAAUGGGUUGGACUCGUCAGGUGCUGCGCCCGUCAAUGGUUCUGGCCCUUUGACUCCUCUUCCUGUGUACGAAUUGUUUGCAGUCGUGUCCCACUUGGGCAAGUUUGUCGUGGGAGGUCACUAUACGUGCGUGUGCCGUGACAACAAAGACCAGUGGUACCGCUACGAUGAUGAGCACGUAACGUCUAUUUCGGAGGCUACGGCGCUCAGCGAAACUGCUUACUUGCUGCUAUAUGUUCGAACAAGUAAACAGCCACCUGAACCGGUUGUAGUGCCACCCUCACUUUCAAGCUCCCCAUUUAUCAAGGCGACGAGCGUCAGUGCCCCAAGAUGCAAGAGUAGCAACGUCACCGAGAAAAAAGUUCCUGGUGGAAAGAAUUGGAAACAGCCCGCAUCUGCGUCAUCAGUACUCCCUCCGGCACCUCGACUGAUUCCAGGCAUGUCUCCAACAAAACAAGCCGUGGCAACAACAUCGAAGGCAAAGAAGUCUAGUAAGAAGAAAGCUUGA